AUGCCGACCACGACGACGGCUCCUAUUUCACCUCAGGUCGCCGUGGUCGAUUUCCACCAUGCUCGAGGCCCCGAGGUCGAAUUCUGGGUCGAUCCCCAAGGCGACCGACUCGCCCGGAGGAACGAUUGGUCUUUGUUGCCGUUCAUGGCCUUGUCGGAUGGCGCGCAUGCCAUGGUCGAGGAGUUUUCGUAUUUCACGUUACUGAAUAGUAAUGGUGAUGCCAGCGCUCACCGCCUCAGCCCAACUACUACCACCGCCACAAGUCUCUUCGGGAUCGCAUGUACCAGACAGAUCAGGUCUGAUCGAUUGAAACGUCGCUCGGUCGAUGUGACACGGUCGACGGUGCAGAAGGCCAUCGUCGUGGUUUCGCCUACGGCUAGAGGACUGGGGGAGUUGAGGGAGAGGCUAGGGGCUGUGACGGCCGCUUGGUUCGCGCAAGAGGACUUCUCCGACACCACGAUUUUGAAGGACUUUCAAGAAAGCCUUGCCAGGUCACCGGCCGUGCAUGAGGAAGGCAAAGACCACUAUUUCGGACUGUCGCUGCGAGAGUUGAUCUACGAAUUUAGACACCAAACGCUGGCCCUGGUCAAGUGUCUUUUGCUACAACGGAAGAUGCUGUUCUAUGGCUCGAAAUGCGAAAGACUCUGCAUGAUGCAAUUCGCCUUGAUAUCCGUCAUUCCCGGUCUCGUCAGGAAUCUGCAGGACGCUGCCGAUCCGAGUCUAGACUCCUAUGCUCAGACAGCCGUGCGAGCGACUGCAUUGAAAACAAGCGAGAGAGGUUCAUUGCUGGCAUAUAUGGGACUGCCGCUACAGAUAUUUGGUCGGGGCUCAUUCUUCGGCCCAUACACCCCUCUCCAGCAGCUCGACAUCCUCGCCGACUACGACACCAAGUCGUACGUGGUCGGAUCGACCAACAGCCUGCUCCUGCAGCACAAGGAGCGGUACAGCGACAUCCUGAUCAACCUGGACGAAUCCAACAGUGUCACCGUCACAUCUCCAUCCCUCCGCACCGCCCUGGCCCUGUCUGCAGCUGACCGACGAUGGAUUGAUCAAUUAACCCAAACUGUCCUGGAUACCUGGGACCCCGAGAACCCGUCACGGCCCAAGAACCUGGGCUACGCGGGCUCCGAAGACGCGAUCCGGCUGCAGUUCGAAGAAUACCUGCUCUCGCUGCUUUCCAGCAUGGCGUAUCAAGUCUACCACGAGUCCACAGGUGAAGUGGGAAUCCCAGCGUCCAUCGCCAAUAUCGACCACUACCCCGAACCCGGUGACGCCGCGACAGACUUCAACCCGGAAUUUCUGAUCAUGUGGCGAGCGACCAACAACUUCGCCCUCUUCGACAGACUGACGCGGGACAAUCGGAUCUUCGAUAUCAUCGAGCCCCGUCACCCAACCGCGGGCGGAUUGAGUGUCGAGGACGUCCAGCGUCGCCUGCAACAGAGCGUGGCGGAGCUGCAUCUCGACGAACGUGUGCGGGAAGGCCGCGAACAACUCGGCAAGACCCUCGCGGUGGGUCGUGAGCGCGUCGGGGCCGGCGUGGCGCGGUUUUGGGCAGAAGUCGAGAAAGCCCGCGAGCAGCGCCAGGCCAAAAGGCUGAGUCGGAGUCCAAGCAGUCCUGGUGGGGCAAGGGGUAGCAAUGACUCUGAAAGGAGGGAGGUUGCGGGAUCUGGGCAUUCACAAACGACAGCAGAUGCGAUAACGACAGCGACGACUCCAUCAAGGACAUCUCAGCUUUCAGCGACAGAUACGCCGCCGUUGUCGCCGUCGUCACCGACCACAGAUACCGCAGUGGCAGGUGGUGGUGGGGUUGGAUGGACCGCCUCACUCCGUGACCGUGCAUCGCGUACUCAAUGGCAGAAACCUGCGGUCGAUACGGCUCAACUGCAAGCAGCGGCACGAGAGAACGCCGCUAAAGCAGGAGCAUAUCUGAGCAGUUGGAGUUCAUGGGCCAAGGAGCGAGUUCAGCAGGGCAGAGCUGGAGCUGGAGCUGGAGCUGGAGCUGGAGGAGGAGAACGUGGCGACAUCGACGGUGACGGUGACGGUGACGGUCCUGGUGGAACAAGCCCGGUCAGAGCAGCUGGUCGCUCCUCCACAAGCACAGGAACGCGCAGAAGUACAGACGCAGACCCGAAUACGAACAUACAUGAAUGA